AUGCAGUUGUCGGCUUCUACUGAGUGGGAUGCUGCCGUCAAGCGGAACUUCAGCAUCGACAAGAUGUUAGCAUCCAUGGCGAAGAAGUCCGAGGCUGGGGUUGCGAAGCGUAUACGCAUGGCAGGUGCAAUGAACAAUCGUGGGCGUUUGUUGCAUUUCUAUGGGCUCGGCCUUUGCCUCGCUUCGAACGCUGACGACCGAGGGGAGUACAAGUUCGAAGUAGCAUUGCUGUCGCGCUACCAGGCUGAUUUUGCAUCCUAUACUCUGAAGAAGUUUUUGGACGAUUAUGUGGCCAUCGAUGCGCAGGGGCUGACAGUUUCGAGGUCUGUUGAGAUUCAGAAGCUGCAGGAAGAGUUCUCCCUCACGAAAGUGAAGGCAUUCUUCGUUCAGUUGCUGAACGGCUUUCGUGACCUGACACUCUCCGAUGGUACAAGCCAUGAGCUUGAUUCUGUCCAGCUGCACAUGCCCGCUUUGAACGUUGACCUGUCACUCCUUCUUCCCCGCUUGAUGCGGUGUUUGGUUCUGGGUAAGGGCCGUGGGGAGCCUUUUGUGAACCAGAAAGUGUCCGAGAUCUGCCGCGCCACGUCUGAUGAGAAAGCGAAAGGUAUCAUCCAGGUAAUUGUCCAGGAAAAUUUUUAUCCGCAUUUUCACAGUGUCUCGAAAGAUGUGAACAACGAGAUGGAGAGGCACCUCGGGAAAGUGGUCGAGUGGUUUCACGCAGUGCUGCUGAAGAGGAGUCCCUGGACCAACUGGACGCACGACCUCUACGACGCCAUGCGGUGCAUCGACCACUUCCCCAUC